AUGGCAAAUAUGCAGAAGUUCUCAAUUCAGGAGUGUUACAGGAAACUAAUUGGUGAAAGUGAAAAGGUGAACUGGAGAAAUUUUGUUUGGAAUAGAUUAACUCUUCCCGAACAUAGGUUUAUUUGUUGGCUGGUAAUGAAGGAAAGGCUUAAUAUAGCCCUGAGAUUGAGAAGAAUGGGUAUUAUAGCAGACCCCUUAUGCAGAUUGUGUGGUCUUUUGGAUGAAACUCACAUACACCUAUUUUUUAACUGCCCGUUUAGCCUAGCUAUGAGUCAGUCAAUUUCUAACUGGAUGCAGUUUGAUAUGUUUGGGGUCAGCAUUGAAAGCAGUAUCAGGAAAAUCAUCACCAGUAGAAGAUCAAGGUUUCAGAAGCAGGUUCUGUUAGCAGUGCUGGGGGCUACAAUUUAUUUCAUCUGGCUUGCUAGAAAUGAUGUUUGGAAUUGCAAGGUUUGUUAA